AUGAUAGCAUUUUACAUCUUGACCAAAGGAAAUCAUCCAUUUGGUGCUCAAUUACAUCGACUGAUAAAUUUGCAUGAUGGCAACCCAGUGGGUUUAAGCAAGCUUACUGAUCCUGUGGUGAAAGACCUGCUUUCUCAGAUGUUAGCUCGGGAUCUGCGUGAACGACCAUAUGUGGAGCAAGCCUUAAAGCACCCUUACUUUCUCUCGUCUGAAGACCAGAUGAAGUUCUUAGAAGCUUUGGGCAACGAACCUGAAAUAAAGAGUUUCAAAGGAGAUCCCAACUGUGCUGUUUCCGGAGAGUUAGACAACCGUGAUCUGUCAAAACCUCGAAGCUCAUUGUUACCAAAUGACUGGAAAGCAGUCAUCGAUCCAGAUGACCUCAAAACAUUUUGUGCAGGAGGUCCUACUCGCCCGUCCCGUUUUGAUGGUAGUCGUUACACGCAAUGUCUUCGAUUCAUAAGAAAUGUUCGUCAGCAUUGGGGCGGCAUUGGGGCGACAAACCACGUCCACCAUUGAAAGCUAUGGGAACAGCUACUUCUCUUGACGAAUAUUUCCUGCAAUUAUUUCCAACCCUCCCGCUUGUUGUGCAUCAAAUCAUCAGAAAGCAUCCUGGCUGGAAAACACGCCCUUCCUUGAAGGAGUUUUUCCCCGUGAUAAACCGUCGCGCACUGUCGGUUGAUGCAGACUGCAGCCCACACGAUAUAUCAGGUUAGUAUAUAUUUAAUUAAUUCUGGUUUUAAGUAUAUAUUAUAUAUUUAUUAUCAUUCUGUUUUGCUCUGAGUUCAGUAUUGCAUCUCGCUGGAUUAAUACGCAUUUGAUUGGUUAGUCGGGUGGAUUAAAUGUUUCUGAUUGGUCAUUGGUAUAACGGUGGUCAAAAUCUGAACCUCUCUAAUAUAGUAGGCACAGAUGAAUCCAGUAUGUGUUUUACUAAUAUCAAACAGAUAAUUUAAAACAAAUAAGAACCUUUGGAAGCUACAAUGAAUGUAAUUAAUAAUGUGACAAGGAUCCAACAUGUAGGGCAACAACUGUCCAUAAAUUGGGCAAAUUUGCGUAAAUAACAAAUUGCUGGUCAGUUAUGUGUGAUAGUACAAAACUAAGCAUUGGCAUUGUUGUAUAAUUGAAUUUUAAGGCAUUGCAUGUACAGAAAACAUACACACCAUGGCUUGCGUCGCUGCUGCGUUACUUUCCUGCCAAUUCAUGGGGGCGCGUGGAUUAAUUUGAGUGCCCUUGGGGUACGUAUUGCGAGGUAGACAUUCACCCGGCAUUCCCACUGAGAAAAUGGGAAGCUAACUUAUUCGAUUUUUUUAUUCAGGUAGACGUCCUGGUGAAUAUUUUGCAGUUCUUUAAGAAGUACUCGAUCAUUUUUGCUGAAAGCUGGGACGUCUUUUUCUUUGUCUUUUUCUCGUAAUUUUUCAAUGGCCAACAAUAGAAUAAUAUAAUGUAGUUUAGUAAAAAUUACACAACUAGAAUUACAACGUAAGAAUUAGUAUAACUCCACAAACAAAAGUUUCUGGAAUACUAGAAGCAUUAAAUUCAUAACAAAACGAAAAGUAUUAGGUUAAUCCAUUCAAAUUAACUUUGUAUUCGCAGCAUGAAAUGUUCGCGUUUGAAUCAUGCGUUUGUUCGUCUGAGCAUAUCUAGCAUGAACACGAG